AUGGUAAACAGAUCAAAAUAUAUAAAAAAAAAACUUAUCGAUAAAUAUAAGCAUCGUAAAGUCCGAGAUGAUAUAGAUUUGGAAAGAAUUGACAAGAGUGUAAAGGAAGGUGGAUUUUUACCUUUCCCACCUUUGAUAUUUGCUGGCCUGACCGCAGCUGGCGCAACUGCUGGUGAAGCUGCUGGUGUAGCACAAGCUGUCAACGCCAAGAAAGCAGCUGAUGCUGAAAAAAGUGAAAAUCAUAGACAUAAUAUGGAAAUGGAAAAGAUAGCACAAGGUCCAGGAGUAGCAGAUAUAUUAGGAACAGUUAAAGAAUUUGGAAAUCGAUUAAGUGAAGAAACCAAGAGGGAUUAA